AUGGCUCCUGGACGUGCUGGGUCCAGCGGCAAUGCUGUUGCAUCCGCCUUUUCCAGAUUUUGGAAGAGAACCCAUGCUCCGGAUUACCUGGGCUUCGCCAUCCUCGUUGGUGGUUGGAUGACCAUGCUGGUAUUCCUCGAGCCGUUUCAUCGCAUGUUCUUCAUUAACGACCUGCACAUCUCAUACCCUCAUGCGGAAGUCGAGCGCGUGCCAGUCUACAUGAACUUCGUGUAUGCUCUGUUUGUUCCGUUAGCGGUCUUGAUUGUCUACAACUUGAUGACCAAGGCCUCGCCUCAUAAGCAUGAGGUUACGUACUUGAGUCUCGGCAUUUCAGUCAUCAUGACCUCCUUCAUCACGGACCUUGUGAAGAACGCAGUAGGCCGACCGCGACCCGACCUCUUGGCUCGGUGCAAGCCAGCAGCUGGCACCAAGCCCGACGUCUUGGUUACGAUUGAUGUCUGCACCGAGAAAGCGCACCAUCUACUGCACGACGGUUGGAGAUCGUUCCCGUCUGGUCAUUCAUCCUUCUCUUUCGCCGGUCUUGGAUUCCUCAGCAUCUUCCUUGCCGGCCAAUUGCACAUCUUCCGUCAUAACAGCGGUGGCCGCGAUCUGAGCAGGGCUCUGGUAUGCCUCUUGCCUCUCCUUGGAGCCGCUUUGAUCGCCAUCAGUCGGUGCGAGGACUAUCGACAUGAUGUCUACGACGUAUGUGUUGGGUCCCUGUUGGGAUGGGUCGUUGCGUAUUGGAGCUAUCGACGACACUGGCCGAGACUGAAUGCCAAGGACUGCCAUGAGCCGCAUCCAUAUCCGGGUUCGGAGCCAAAGACGGGAUGGAAUCGAUUGCGGGACGAGGAGGAAGCUGGGGAUUCACGACCCGACGUAGGCUACGAGAUGACCCAGCUAGACAGGCAGAGACGCUAA